AGAAAGUUACUCAAUACUGAAAGACACUCCUGUGUGAUGAAUUAUCUUCCAUGGUCUAAUGAUGUGAAUCAGUAAUGAUGAAUGGUUAUGGUGUUAAAAAAAUAAAAUAACUAAUAGAUUAUUGAGACCCUACAACAGAGAGAUUGAGUUUAACUGCUUUAUAUGCAUUAUAUUUUACAUAUUUUAUUUCCUAUUUUAGAUUAGUAAACCAGAUAGCUAGACAGGAAAUAAUUUUUAAAGGUGGUACUUUGUACUUGGAGAGACAGGAGUAAUUCCAGAGUUCACUGACUGCACAGCUCCUUGACUGAAGUCUGAAAACACAUUUCUGUGAUUUAUUAGCAUAACUAUACACCUAGAGCUGCCAUCACUGCCUUUGAAAACAUAGAACUUUCUAGAAGCUUGUGACAAAUGUGUGCUUUCAUAAAUGAUCUACCCUUUUAUUUAUCAUUUUAUGAUUUCAUAUCUUUGCCACUAAAUCAGUUGUCACUUUCUGAUGUUAAGUCCGCUUUUAAAAAAUGCUUUGUUUCUUUCUGUUUUCACCAUUGUUCCUGCUUUGGGUAAUUUUAGUGUGUCAUGUAACAUUUUGCAACAUAUAAAAUAUUUCUUCUAAAAUUUAACGAUUCUCACGACUCCAUAGAUGUUCAAAAUAAAAUAUUGCUUUGAUAGCAAUAUUUUAGUAAAGGUAUCUAAAUCAAAGGCAUUUGCAACAGGAAAUUCCAAUAUAUGCUAAAAAUAAUAUUCUCCCGUCUAGAGCAUUUAAUUUUUAACCAAUAAUGGCUUUAACAUUGUCAAAAAAUGGUGCAACACUUUUGUUUCUCAUACAACAUUUUAAUUUUAACCUGAAUAUUCUAAUACUGUUGAAAUAUGUCUGUGGAAACUCCUUACAUUCACGAGGACAGUAUUAUUCAUGAAUUCCUUUCUUCACUAAUUUAGUGCCUUACAUGUUUUCCAAUCAGUAUUAUUACGCUAUUAUUGUAAAAAAAAAAACAUUUAUGCUAUCAUGAAACACUUAUUUCAAGCUCUGUGGAAGUUAGUACCAGAUUUUACAUUAUUCAACUGCAAAUGAGGAGUAUCCCUCACCCUGCACCCCACACGGUGUCACUGUACUAGCAAUGUCGUCAGCACAUGACACACACUCUUGGUCAAGAUCUUCAGGGCAGUUUCAUCCACAUUGUAGCUGACACUACUCAGGUGCAGACAUGAACAACCAAGGCGUGACUUAUGCGGAACUCCAUCAUGCUAAGGGCUCAAAAAGACAGCAAGUGAAACCUAAGGGCACGAAAAGUUCCAUUCCAGUAACUGAGGAGGAGAUAACCUAUGCAGAAUUGAAUCUUCAAAAUGCUUCUCGGGCCCUUCAAGGGAAUGGCAAGAACUCUCCCUGCAAAGAGAAGCUCAUUGCCGGUAUCUUGGGAAUCCUCUGCCUCGUCUUGAUGUCCACUGUGGUAACAAUAGCUGUUAUUCCCUCUACUGAAGGACCAGAGCAGAACAAAACAUCCCUGGAAACAAUGAUCCAGAAAGCGUGUGUCUGUUGUCAUUGUCUGAAAGAGUGGUUUACGUAUUCCAACAAUUGCUAUUACAUUAGCACUGAGGGAAAAUCGUGGAAUGAGAGUUUGACGACCUGUGCUUCUAAGAACUCUAACCUGCUCUACUAUGAUGAUGAAGAGGACAAGUUUUUGUUGAAUUUACUCUCUAUUACACCAUGGAUUAGAGGCUCCCAGAGAAGCCAUCAUAGUUCAUCUGUGCAGCCAAAAGCCUUAACAUUUUCUUCCGAAGUGUUGUCAGUAUCUUCAGAGGUUGACAAGAAUUGUCCAUAUAUCGAUUUUGAUACAAAAAAAAUUUAUUUUGAACGGUGCUCAGUAAGAAGACGAUAUGUUUGUAAGCACCGGGCAUUUUAGUUACCUCAUUUUGGUAUAAUGCUGUUUCACCAUUGAUAAGGAUCCAUCACUCAUUACUUCAACGGUCAUACAAUUGUUUUCGUUGCACAUUUUGAAGAUAAUGUAUUUUAGUGUAAUUUUAGAUUCACAACAAAACUAAGAGGAAGUUCCAGAGAACCCUCUAUUGCCCCUGUCUGCACACGUGCAUGGGGUUUUCCAUUAUCACCAUCAUUCACUAGAACGUUUCAUUUUUUAUCAACGAUGUAUCUGUAUCAAUGGAUAUAUAUCACCCAAAGUCCAACGUGUACCUGAGGCUUCAUUCUUUGUGGUAUAGAACUGUUUCUCAAAUUUAAUUAUAUUAAUGUAAAAAAUAUAUACUGAGGUAUAUAUUAUUUGUUUCUUAUGCUUUUGCUAUUUAGUAACAUUAAUUAUAUGUAUAUGUCUGUGUAUAUAUAUAUAUAUAUAUAUAUUACAAAUCAUGAUAUUAUUGUAAAAAUUCUCAACAAAGUGAAUAAUUCCAAUUGUAUUUCCAAGGUAAUUAAUUUGUCCUAACCCUUAAAGGACCUCAAAUGAGGAUUGAACCACCCAGGGUGACAAGGUUAUCAGUCUGAAAUGAGUCAGGAGACAGAAACAAGGGGACACUUGAAGUAAACAUUUAUCUACUUAUAAGAGAAAGCUUACUAAGAGGAAAGGAUAGUAGCUAAAGAAAAUUACAAAGAAUAUCAUAGAAUUAAAGGAUAGAUACUGAAGCCAGAUCUACUCUCUGAAGAUGGGAUUCAGAUGUCAUUGAAGACGAUGUGGCUACACACAGCUUCACAGCUGACAGGCUCACUGGAUUGGCCUGGUACAGAUCAGCUCCACACUCCACGGGCUGAACUUGGUGAGGAAGGAUCUCAGGCUGUGACUGGCAAACAGGAAGAGCUCCCUGUCAGAGCGCCAGGAGGAAAGACCAGAAGACAGGAAACUGACAGAUUACCUACAAGAACUUGCUGGAGGACGAAAACACGUGACUUCCUGCAAGACUGCAACUGGCAACCAAGCCAUGGCAGUCAAAGGAGAGAAAACACCAUGAAGCCAGGAAGAAGAGCCCUUUCUGCUGCACUGGCUCUCCAUUGUCUUUUACUGACCAAAGUCAACUUCAUGUGAGAUGACAAGAGAGAAAAUGGAUAGGAUCUUCCACUGUUAUCUGAGAACAGGGCACUGAGGGUGGAUUUGGAGCUGAGAGUACUAAAUGAACGGCCCCUCGAGGUUAUCAUAGAACAACCCCAGGGUUGCUGUAUAAGAACCAUUCAGAUCGUCCCACUUCCUCCGAUGAUGGAACCAAAGUGUACUCUCCAAAUCUCUCUUGGUACCACACUAUCAAAGGUUAAACUCAUUUUGAGGUAGAGAUUGUUUUCUAGUUGGAUAAUAACCGGUGUCUUAUUUGUUGUUUUCCUUACAUGGGCUCAAAUACUUUGGAAAAGAUUUGUUUUUUUUUAAUGUAUUCAUGCACACAGCUCUGUCAGUCUUUACAACCAUGCUAAAAAAUACUUUGAGGCAAAAAAAAUGAAAUGUUAAUAAUAGAGAAAACAAAAAAUUAAAAUCUACCGAAAUUAGUGUGGGUCAAAUGUUUAGUUAUUGCCAGAAUUCAAGACAAACUUGAGUAAUUUGAUAAUGAUUCAGAGAUAUUUCUACCCUAAUUCAAUUAUAAGAGGGAAAGAAAUUAAACUCUAUUAUUAUAUGCAAAUCAAAUUCAUAUAUCACAUACAUUUAUAUCUGUGAUGAUAGACAUAUUCUUUAUAUUCUCUGUCCAUAAUCCUCAUAGUCUUCUAGAAAAAUUAUAUGAAUAAUCAAAAUGAAUUGAAUACAGUUGUUAAUGGGAACUGUAACUAAUUACUAAAGUUGUGUUUCAUAGUGCCCAAGUUUGCAAUGACAUUGAAAAUUACACAUUAAUUUUUCAUUUACCUGUUUGUGGUUUGGCUAUGUUAUAAUUGCUCAAGGCUGGACUUGACUCCAGACUACUUGUUAUAGCUGAUCAAGGCUGGACCUUACUCCAGACUGCAUACAUGUUCAGCUCAGAUCCCUGUAUAGAUUUCAUUUUGAGAAGACCGGGCUGCCUGGUCUAUGAUUUUAUAGCAGAGAUCACAGCUAGCAGAAUUGUGUCUCUUAGUGCCUGGUCUCUGAAGUCAUGAGGAAUCACAUUCCCACUCACAUUACAUUGUGAAAACAAGUGACAACAUCCUUACAUUAUAUUGUGAAAACAAGUCACAUGGGCCAACUUCUCGCGGUUGUCUGUACAGUAUACUAUUUUCAACGUUGUCAGAGGGAAGAAAUGUAGAUUCACUGAAAAUAAUCUAAUCUACCAUUAUAGCCAUAGGAUUUUUUUUUUAUUAUAUUGCUUGAUUUAGAUAAGUUUGUAAAGGAAAAUAUGUAUAGUUUCUAAAAGAUAUGUUUGCAAAAGUGAAGGAUUGGGAAACGGAUUAAAAAUUUAGUACUUCCUUAACUUCCCAACUGGGUCUUUUCUUCUGUGCUGAAAAUCCUCAUAAAGCAGUUUUCUACAGUGACAGACAUAAUGCUAUAGGUGCUUUAACCAUGGUCCUUGAUCAACUUACAAAUAAGCUAUAAGCAUAAAGGUGUAAAGUAAGGACAUUGGCAGUGAACGCAGUCACUUCAUGAAAUUUCUAAGUGCACACUUGUAGUCCUGGGGCUCAGUUAUGUAACUGCUCUGGCUCAGUUUCCUCUGCUAGAAAUUAUGGAAGAAAUCGUAUCUUAUUCAGAGUUACUUGAAGAGUAUUUGAACAGUACCUCUUGGCCCAUGAGUGUUCACUAGAUCUGAGUUGUUUUGACUUAAGGGCUUGAUGCUUUUGUGCCAUCACCUGUGACAUGAUGACCUUAAUUGUAACAACUUAUGUAGGAAUAAAUAAAAAUAAACAAUAUGAUGCCUAUAGAUCCUUGAAAUAAAGCCUAAGUACAUUAA